AUGCUUCUACUGGUCGCCCGACAAUGGCCAGUCCUGAGGCGUGCCGCUGCCGCCACUCGCACUCUGCGCUUUUCAUCCAGCACAUCUAAUACAUGGAGAGGCUCCAAACCUCUUCCCUUUACAUCUCCAUCACAACCUCAUGUAUCUCCAUCACCAUUGCAUUUCCUGCACUGCGGCACAAUCGUGCCAAGGUCCCUUGAGAGUCAACCACAUGAAUUCAUAGACCAUAUCAAAGCUUUCAAUCCUGGAGUAGCACGCCAAAAGACCUUCUGUGUCUUCCUCGUCACGCCUUCUUAUGCGCAACACUUACUCGACGAUGACUUCCUCCAUGAAGCUCUCAAGAAAAUAUACUACAACACGAGCUACGAAAAAGAUUUCCGUGUAGAUGCCUUGUGUGCCGUCGUAGACAAGCUUCCCAUCCGUAGAUUCAAGCACGGAGACCGAGACGAAGAGCUAUCGCGACGUGCCACCGAGCCACCUACUGCUGGAACUGGGCUCGAGGGAAUGACUUACGUAUUGCUUACGCCUGCUGACUCUGUGUCAUCCCAGAGUCUUUCGCCGUCAGACAAAGGUGCCAUCGAUUUCAUAUUUGCGCAACAUGUCUUCAACGACACCACCUAUCAAGAUACACUACGAUUACCUCUCUCGAAUACUGUUUUUCAGACGGGCAUGCCAUCGACUAUGAUCCUCUCGACUUGGAAGAAUUUCGGUGAGGGUCAAGGGUUGAUUCUGGAGUCCAAGAGGAACGUUUCCCAUCACGGCAUCCGUCUGAUUGAGCAAGUAGGACAUCGUGCAACACUCCCUCCCGUUCUCAACGUACCCCUGAUCCCGCUAACAAUGCCGCGCUUGGUUGAAGGGUGCAUGGGAAACAUCAUCCGCGGGAUUAUUGGGCCGGAAGGUAAAGCUAUGCAGGCCUCCUCGGAACUUGAAAAUGUCGUUCCUCGUUUUUUCAGAUCGCGGGGACAGCCAGCGCAAGCAACAGUGGCUUGGGCACUCGUGAUCCCCAGAGAACUGAGAACCGUCAUUGCUGCUAGAACAGAUGAGCUCCUCUCUAGCUUGCCAAUGGAAAGCGAAGAUACGCUCUCUAAACAGGAAGAUUCGUGGGAACGUUUGUGGCGCAGCAAUCCACCUCUAUGGAAUACCCUCGUGUCCAAGGCGAUUACAGAAGGAGCACGUCUCCAUCGGGUCUUGAGUGGCGGAGGCGGAUGGGGAAAGAAAGCUGGUCUAUUGUCACUGGAUCCCGUUCCGGCCAAUGAAGCUGCCGAGCCAUCAAAGCGCGACGAUCUUCCUAACACAAUCAAUGAUCCGGAAGAUUUUGAGUCGACCCUUACGCCAGUGGUACGAGACGGAGACUCGAUACAAUUUUUUAUCUCGCCAAAAUCAGACCUUGAAAAGAUAGCUCAGGAGACUAAUACCCGCAGGCUUGCAAGUGUUGUUCCCAAACGUCAUUGGGGUUGGGAGCUAGGCACUAUCCCUAGCACUAUUGACUCAGUUCCUGGAGAGUCCUGGCAACACCGUCCACGCCCAACAAAGAAAAUACAUGUCCACCAUGGCUUUGGUGCGCUGACCGAAGGGCCGAUGACACUCACGCGGCACUCCCACGUCAAUAGCGACAAGGACGUCACAGUCAAUGUUACUACGAUCGACGUUCCCUUCUCCCGCCUCUCCGCGUCAACCUACACACGUACAAAAGUGGAUGCUGGGAUAAAGUAUACUAAGAAAGAGGGGAUUCAGAAGAAGGACGUAGGUGAGCCUGUCAUUGACUAG